GGUACACUAGCGCAGUCUUCUCUUUUUAUUCCAUUCAGCAAGAGGUGUCUUGUAGCUAGGAUGAUUAGCAGGCUGCUUGCGCGAGGCAGUGAUCUUGGCAUCCAAGGCAAAGUGUUGCCACUUGGGAGUUUGGUUUGCCAGAGGAGGUUUUGGUCUAAGCCAAAGAAACGCCCGAAGGUCGGCCAAGGGUUCCACGAAAAGGCUCAGAAAUGGCGAGAGGAGUAUUUGCUGGACCAGCAGCGUGUUCUCGCGGAUAGUUUGCGCGGUUAUGUCGAUUUUAGCUCAUCAAAACGAUCUGAGCCAUGGGACACUCGCUUUGCUCCAUUCGACCGUGUUGAAAAGGACGGCGUGUACAUUGUGGCGAAGUAUCUUAUGGAUGAAAAGCUCCAGUUAUGCAACUACCAUCACCGGGCGGUGAAACGGCUCUUCUGCAACGUUGGUCUUAUUGGACCUCAGGUGACAACUGUGGCUCGCUGGAAGCCAUCCCGAUUCGCGACCAAUCCGGCCAACACAACGAAAGCUGAGACGACCUUCAACAAGGACAAGACCCUUUUUACCGGGUACAACCAUGAUUAGGUUUUCCGUUUUUUGGUUGUUCUUUUGAAAGCGAUGACUUCUCUUGGAAGUUGUUCGCCGUGUGAAAUGAGUACAGCUAUGAUAUUAGAAAUAGAUCGCCUUUAA